UGUCGCGCUCGAGACGCAACCGAGUGGCGACCACGGGUUGGAAAAGCUGCUGCUGGCACGACGCUGCACAAACGAGACGUCCGGCAGCUGAUUGGUCAUCGAGAGGAGCUCAACCCUCACCCGCAGGUUGGGACCUCCCGUUUGGAGCUGCCCCACCACGUCAAAGACGAAAAAAAGGCUCCACCUGACCCCCAUCUGGAGAAUAAAGAGGAGGAUCCGGAACGCUUCCACGUUAAGGAGGAAGAGGACGAGACCGAUGUCAGCCAGUUGCUUCUCUCGGUUGUCUCCGUAAAGGGCGCCGCCGACGCACCCGAGUCGAUUCCGCUUAGUUGCCGCCUCGGAAGGCCGUCGCCCGACAAACGCUUGGCGCCGCUGUCGGACAGUGACGACAUGGGCGAUGCGAGCGACGCAGACCGCGAAGGUGACGACAAAGCGCUGAAAUCCUUCCAUAAGAAGACGGGUGGCAGCUGCUCCACUUGCGGGAAAACAUUUGCUCAAAACGGACCUCUGAUCAGACACACGCGAACGCACACGGGAGAAAAACCCUACACUUGCUCCGCCUGUGGCAAAGGAUUCACAAAUAAGUCCGACAUGGUCCGGCACAUGAGAACGCACACGGGGGAAAAACCGUUCAGCUGCACCCUGUGCGAGAAACGAUUCUCUCACAAGGAAAGUUUGGUCGCCCACACGAGAACGCACACGGGCGAGAAACCUUUCAUUUGCUCCGUUUGCGGCAAAACGUUCACUCAAAAUUCAAGCAUGGUGGCGCACAUGAGGAUCCACACGGGGGAGAAACCGUACGGUUGCUCGCUGUGCGGCAAAAGAUUCAUUCUGAAGCCAAACAUGGUCUCACACAUGAGGACCCACUCUGGAGAAAAACCUUACGGUUGCUCGCUGUGUGACAAAACCUUUGCGUUUAAGUCCUGCGUGGUCACUUAUGAGGAAGAGGACGAGACCGAUGUCAGCCAGUUGCUUCUCUCGGUUGUCUCCGUAAAGGGCGCCGCCGACGCACCCGAGUCGAUUCCGCUUAGUUGCCGCCUCGGAAGGCCGUCGCCCGACAAACGCUUGGCGCCGCUGUCGGACAGUGACGACAUGGGCGAUGCGAGCGACGCAGACCGCGAAGGUGACGACAAAGCGCUGAAAUCCUUCCAUAAGAAGACGGGUGGCAGCUGCUCCACUUGCGGGAAAACAUUUGCUCAAAACGGACCUCUGAUCAGACACACGCGAACGCACACGGGAGAAAAACCCUACACUUGCUCCGCCUGUGGCAAAGGAUUCACAAAUAAGUCCGACAUGGUCCGGCACAUGAGAACGCACACGGGGGAAAAACCGUUCAGCUGCACCCUGUGCGAGAAACGAUUCUCUCACAAGGAAAGUUUGGUCGCCCACACGAGAACGCACACGGGCGAGAAACCUUUCAUUUGCUCCGUUUGCGGCAAAACGUUCACUCAAAAUUCAAGCAUGGUGGCGCACAUGAGGAUCCACACGGGGGAGAAACCGUACGGUUGCUCGCUGUGCGGCAAAAGAUUCAUUCUGAAGCCAAACAUGGUCUCACACAUGAGGACCCACUCUGGAGAAAAACCUUACGGUUGCUCGCUGUGUGACAAAACCUUUGCGUUUAAGUCCUGCGUGGUCACGCACAUGAGGACCCACACGGGAGAGAAACCUUUUCGUUGCUCGCUGUGCGGCGAAAGAUACGCUCAGCGGGCCAAUUUGACUGCACACAAGCGGAUGCACCACAAAACAAGAGCAAGUAUGAAUUGCAGUUUUGCUCCAUUUCCUGGUUUGUGCUUUCGGUGCCGCCCGCGUCAUUUCUGUCCAAUGGGAGCACCCAUCGUCACUCGCGUCGAUGUGUUUCCGGAAUGUUGUUCUCCUGUGCACAAGAAGCCUCGGCACAGUUGUGUGAGGCUCCUUAUGAGUUUCACGGUGUACUUGUGCUUCUUUUGUUCCGUAGACGUUCAACAGCCGACUGAGGGGAGCCCCAGUAUGGAUUGUCAGCAGCCCCCCAACGUCAAAGUGGAGGAGGAGGACGCCAGCGACUUGCCACUGACGGUUAUCGUUGUCAAGAUAGAAGAAGAGGACGGACGACAGACAGCUCCACUGACAGACAGCGACGACACGGACGAUAGGACCGAUGGAGAAGGCAAAUAUUUGAAAAAGGCAACGACUCUUAAAGAGAAGAAAAAUUGUGAAGCGCGCCGGAGACGUCAUAUUCGUAAGGAGGGUUUGACCUGCUCUGUUUGCGGUAAACAAAUUCCUUACGAGAGUACUUUGAAUGAACACAUGCGGACACACACGGGAGAAAGGCCCUUUAGCUGCUCAGUUUGUGGGGAAAGUUUUGCUCGAAAAGCCAACAUGAAUCGACACGAGCAGACGCACACCGGAGAAAAGACGUUCGCGUGCUCGGUUUGCGGGAAAAGCUUUUCCUAUAAGCACAGUUUGAAUGUCCACAUGACGGAGCACACCGGGGAAAAACCUUGGCGCUGUUCAGUUUGUGGCCAAUGUUUUGCUCGAAGGGAACGUUUGCACGUACACGUGAGAGGGCACACGGGAGAAAAACCCUUCAGUUGCUCAGAUUGUAGCGGAAGGUUUCGCCAUCGCUCCAAUUUGAACGCGCACAUGCGCAGACACAAAACAGAGAGAAUAAAUCUUUUGCACAACUUUGACGUGCCGGAGAGGAGAACCGGCGACAGUCACAACAACAGGACGCCAUUUUCUUCAGGCAAGGUUUGCGGGAAAAGCUUUUCCUAUAAGCACAGUUUGAAUGUCCACAUGACGGAGCACACCGGGGAAAAACCUUGGCGCUGUUCAGUUUGUGGCCAAUGUUUUGCUCGAAGGGAACGUUUGCACGUACACGUGAGAGGGCACACGGGAGAAAAACCCUUCAGUUGCUCAGAUUGCGGUAAAAGUUUUGCAUCAAAGCAAAAUUUGAGCAUUCACACGAGGUCGCACACGGGAGAAAAACCUUUUAGUUGCACAGUGUGUGGUAAGAAAUUCACUCAGAAGUUUUAUUUGAAUGCACACGCGCAGAAACACACGAAUACAUCGGACUACUUGCAAGCGAUGGCGUCGCACGAGGAGCAACUUUGUCAAGCGAAAGAGGAGAAGGAUGGAGAAGCACGACAAGUGGCCGCCAUUUUCCCUGCCUCCGGUGCCUCACUGCACAGUCGAGACAUCCAGCAGCCGAUCGGUCAUCGGGAAGAAAAUCCGGAGCCCCGUCGUAUUAAAGAGGAAGACCAAGAUCCGCAGCAGCCCUGCGUUAAAGAGGAAGAAGAGGAGGUCGACGUCAGCGAGUUCUCACUCAACGUCGUCGUCGUGAAGAGCGAAGACGACGAAGGCGACGCAGCCGAAUGGUCGCAGCUUCAUCGCCGCAGUCUCAGCGGAGAGCGCCGCGGGGCACAGCCCGCAGACCAGCGCUUACCUGCGCCUUCACGCGGCGGUGACUUGGAGAAACCCUCAAGGAGCGCCGCAGACGCCGGAGAGGACGACAGACCUUUGGCAAGCGCUGCGAAAGAACAUUUGACCUGCUCACUUUGCGGUAAAAGCCUCUCUUGCAAGUACAGCGUGAAGGAGCACAUGAGAACGCACACGGGAGAAAAGCCCUUCAGCUGUACCGUUUGUAGUAAAAUGUUUGCUUGCAAGUCGAAUAUGGUGAGGCACAUGAGAGCACACACGGGCGAGAAGCCAACUUUUCAUUGUUCAGUUUGCGGCGACACGUUUGCACAAAAGGGCUCGUUGAUCGUGCACAUGGCGACACACACGGAAGAGAAACGCAUCGAUUGCUUUAUUCCAAGUCGAAACACAAGUAUCAUUACAUCCAGCAGCCGAUCGGUCAUCGGGAAGAAAAUCCGGAGCCCCGUCGUAUUAAAGAGGAAGACCACGAUACGCAGCAGCCCUGCGUUCAAAGAGGAAGAAGAGGAGGUCGACGUCAGCGAGUUCUCACUCAACGUCGUUGUCGUGAAGAGCGAAGACGACGAAGGCAACGCAGCCGAGUGGUCGCAGCUUCGUCACCGCAGUCCGAGCGGAGAGCACCGCGGGGCAGAGCCCGCCGACCAGCGCUUAGCUGCGCCUUCGCCUGGCGGCGACUUGGAGAAACCCUCAAGGAGCGCCGCAGACGCCGGAGAGGACGACAGACCUUUGGCAAGCGCCGCGAAAGAACAUUUGACCUGCUCACUUUGCGGUAAAAGCCUCUCUUGCAAGUACAGCGUGAAGGAGCACAUGAGAACGCACACCGGAGAAAAGCCCUUCAGCUGUACCGUUUGUAGUAAAAUGUUUGCUUGCAAGUCGAAUAUGGUGAGGCACAUGAGAGCACACACGGGCGAGAAGCCAACUUUUCAUUGUUCAGUUUGCGGCGACACGUUUGCACAAAAGGGCUCGUUGAUCGUGCACAUGGCGACACACACGGAAGAGAAACGUUUCGCUUGCUCAGUUUGUGGGAAAAGAUUCGCGAAGAAAAAGAAUCUGACGGUCCACAUGAGGACGCACACGGGAGAAAAACCUUACAGCUGCUCCGUGUGCAGCGAAACCUUUGCCAAAAAGAUCUUUUUGAUUGCACACACGGCCACGCACACGGGAGAGAAACCUUUCACCUGCCCCGUUUGCGGCGAAAGCUAUUCGUACAAGCGCAGUUUGAACAUCCACAUGCGGACACACACGGGGGAAAGUCUGGUGAGCUGCUCGGUUUGCCGUGAAAGUUUUUCUUACAAAAGAAGUUUGAAAGCGCACAUGCGGAAACACACGGGAGAGAAACCUUUCACCUGCUCCGUGUGUGGCGACAGUUUUACCUACAAGCAGACCUUAAACGCGCACAUGAAAAGGCACACGGGAGAAAAACCCUUCAGUUGCUCAGUCUGCGGCGAUAGUUUUACCUAUCGGCCGACUUUUAACGCACACGUGAGGACGCAUACAGGAGAAAAACCUUUCACUUGCCCGGUUUGUGGCAAAAGCCUUUCUUACAAGCACAGUUUGAAUGAGCACAUGCAGACGCACGCAGAAAAACGCUUUGGCUGCUCCGUUUGCGGGCAGCAGUUCGCUCAGGAGGCCUCUCUGAGGGCGCACGCGGCAGCGCACACAGGUGAAAAACCUUUCACCUGCUCCGUUUGUGGCGAACGCUUCACUCAGAAGCAAUACAUGCUCAAACACAAGAGAAGGCACACAGGAGAAAAGCGCUGCACGUGCUCAGUUUGCGGGAAAAGUUUUGCCUCCAAGCAGCAUUUGAACGUGCACACGUGGACGCACACGGGAGAAAAACCCUUUCGCUGCUCGGAGUGCGGCGAAAGCGACAAAGCAGCGACGCCCAGCUUUUGUUCUUGUGCAGCUCGCUCAAAUAAAACGUGCAAUUGUUGA